GCGAAUUAUACGCGAAUAAACUAACAGAGAUAUAAACGACCAACAAUGAACGACACCCAACGAGUCAACGACCAACAAUUAUUUGCCGAACACCCUUUUUAUCUGGUCAGAGCAAAUCCGGUCCGGGAUCAAAUAAUUCAGGGAAUUCCGGUACCUCUUGGACCGGGGUUUAUUACUACUGAGUGACAUUCAACUACCAGUCAACACUUUUCGUCACUCCGUUCCUACAAUCCAACCUCCAAUUUCUCCCACUAUAUCUCAUCAGGAAAAACAGUCGCAUUGUGCGUUUCAGAAUCCAUGGCGGCGGCGGCGGCGGCGGCGGAAGGAAAAGGAGUGAAGGUCCCGAGAAUGAAGCUGGGUUCGCAGGGGCUGGAAGUGUCGGCCCAAGGCCUGGGCUGCAUGGGAAUGUCCGCCUUCUACGGCCCGCCCAAGCCGGACGCCGAUAUGAUCCGCCUCAUCCACCACGCCGUCAACUCCGGCGUCACCUUCCUCGAUACCUCCGACAUGUAUGGCCCCCACACUAACGAGAUCCUUCUUGGGAAGGCAUUGAAGGGAGUAAGAGAACGAGUAGAGUUGGCAACGAAGUUUGGAUUUACUCUGAGAGAAGGAAAGAGAGAAAUAUGUGGAGAUCCAGCCUAUGUGCGGGCAGCAUGUGAAGCCAGCUUGAAGCGGCUUGAUGUUGAUCACAUUGACCUUUACUAUCAACACCGCAUAGAUACACGUUUGCCCAUUGAAGUCACGAUGGAAGAACUCAAGAAGUUAGUUGAAGAGGGUAAAAUAAAAUACAUAGGUCUUUCUGAGGCUUCAGCUUCGACGAUCAGAAGAGCACAUGCUGUUCAUCCAAUAACAGCAAUACAGUUGGAGUGGUCUUUGUGGUCAAGAGAUGUCGAGGAAGACAUAAUUCCUACUUGCAGAGAACUUGGAAUUGGGAUUGUUGCAUACAGUCCCUUGGGCCGGGGAUUUUUAUCAUCCGGUCCAGAGCAAUUUAAGGAUUUCGCAAAUGGAGACUUCCGAAAGCUUUUACCAAGGUUUCAAGCUGAAAAUCUUGCAUACAACAAGAAGUUGUAUGAAAGGAUUGUAGAAAUAGCUGCAAAGAAAGGAUGUACUCCUUCACAACUAGCAUUAGCCUGGGUGCACCACCAAGGAAAUGAUGUAUGCCCAAUUCCUGGUACCACUAAGAUUGAGAACUUUAACCAGAAUAUUGGUGCAUUGACUGUGAAGCUGACAGCAGAAGACAUGGCUGAGCUUGAAAAAAUUGCUUCUGCUGAUUUGGUCAAGGGCGAUAGAUGUACACCUGAUAUGGCAACAUGGAAACGAUCUGAUACUCCGCCCUUGUCUACAUGGAAAGCUGCCUAAUGCUUUCGUGUAGUGGUCUCUACUCUAUCCGCAUAUUAGUGUAUGGGAGUGAGUUGUAACCUGUCUUGAGUGGUUUCUUUUGAGAAUAAGCACCUUAUAAGGGCAGAGUAGAUGUGUUUAUUUUCAUCUCUUUUAUUUUCUAAUGAACUACUACUUCAGUUGUUUGCUUUUUCCAAGCUUAUUUUUAUCAUAAGCUAAAAUAUGGUUGUUGUAGCCAUGAUAUUUCUGGAAAGAAUAUCACAUUAUAUGGCGUCAUAUUGUAGUAGUGGUUCCAGCCUGUUUGGAUGGAGUGUUAGAAGGGGUUAGUAAUGCAAGUGUUAAAGAGUGUUGGCUUUAACACUUGUUUGUGAGAUUUUUUUUAAAAAAAUUGGAGUGUUAGUAUUUAGAAGUAUUUAACACCCCACAUUGGAGUGUUUUGGAGUGUUGGACAAAUCUCGCCCCUCCCUGAAAAUGGUUCAUCGACCAAAUUUCAAUCAUCCCUCACCGGUCAUCUCAAUUGGAACCAUCUUUCUUGGCUUGGCCAACAGCUCCUUCAUUCUCCAUGAUUGGGAUUGCACUCAACUUGCCGGUUAUCUCCUCUUUAACCCAAUUCUGAUGCGACAACUAUGGUGGUCGGCCUCGCCAUCACCGACGGACUCACUCCGGCUACUGUAGUUGUUGUUUAAUUUAGUUGAAUUGUCUUGAUUUUAUAUAGUUAGUUGUUUUGAAUUAUGGUUUCCCUAUCUGAUUUCAACAAGGCCACAUUGCAU